CUUCUCCUCACGUAGAAAUUUCUACGUGGCUCAUAUGCAUCCUCGCAUGCCUUCGAGAUGUCUUGAUACUCAAAUGAAAAGUCCUGCUGACUAAGCCGUAAGCUUAACUUCUCAGUUCACCUAUCCAGCUCGCCGCAACUUUACCACCAGCUACCAACUGCCACCGACCUUACCUCCGCGCCCCAAAACACCGCAAACCUUACCCACAUAACCGUCACAGGCCGUCCGAACCCUUCAACCAUGGCCGACAAACUCCGCGCCCAGCAACAACUCGAGGCGCUGCAAGCCCGCUACAUCGGCAUCGGGUCCGCCGACACGACCAAGCACGAGUGGACGUCCAACAUCGCGCGCGAUUCGCUGAGCUCUUACAUCGGACACCCGCCGAUGCUGCAGUACAUGAGUAUUGGGUUGGGACAGCCGCGGGAGAAGACGAGGGUGCAGCUGCUAGAGAGGAUGAUACAGCCUGUGGGACCGCCGCCGAAGGUGAGUUGGGAUAUACGAAGGGCUUAGGCACAAGCUAAUGCGUCUGUAGCAAGAGGAUUAAUUCCGCGAGAUCGAGGUGCUAUGGCUGGACAUAUUCUCAAGGCAUGCUCGACUGAGAAAAUUGAGGCGCAAAGAUUUUCGCGCACAUGAUGGGUGCAGAGCGACGAGGACACGGAUGCAAUGAGAAGAUCGCGCCUAGGACAAGCAUGGCGCAAGGUGAAC